UUUUUAAAUAGUUUAUAUUUUAUUCCAUGAGUAACUAGGUUAUAGUGUUAUCAAUCUUUUAAAUAUAAAUGUCUGUUUACAAUGGACCUUCCACAGCAUGGUUACAGAGCAAGUGCAAAGCCAAGAGCUCGUGCAGGUCCCCACACCGGGGACCCUCUCCUCUUUGCAGAUACCAGUUCUGCAGCGCCACCAAUGAACAAUCAGGGUUAUUACACUCCUGGAUACAACAUUGGAGGGGCUCCAGUCGGAGGACCAGAGGAUGCUGGGGUCAACAACCUGUUUGCUGACCCAAUGGCCAGUGCAGCCAUGAUGUAUGGCUCUUCCCUGGCCAACCAGGGAAAGGACAUUGUUAACAAGGAGAUCAGCAGGUACGUGUCUGUGAACAAGCUGAAGUACUUCUUUGCCGUCGAUUCCAAAUAUGUAAUGAAGAAACUACUGCUCCUCGUGUUCCCGUACACACAUCAGGACUGGGAAGUUCGUUACCACAGGGACACUCCUCUCACACCCAGGCAUGAUGUGAAUGCGCCUGACCUAUACAUACCUUCAAUGGCUUUCAUCACCUACAUUUUGCUAGCUGGGAUGGCCCUUGGCAUUCAGAAGAGGUUCAGUCCAGAAGUCCUUGGUCUGUGUGCCAGCACUGCUUUGGUGUGGGUCGUCAUAGAGGUCUUGGUCAUGUUACUGUGUCUCUACAUUCUCUCUGUUCACUCUGACUUGUCCAUUUUUGACCUCUUUGCAUACAGUGGAUACAAAUAUGUGGGAAUGAUUUUCACAGUGCUGGGUGGUCUGCUGUUUGGCAGUGAUGGGUACUUCGUGGCUCUCACUUGGUCAUCUUGUGCUCUUAUGUUUUUCAUUGUCCGCUCUCUCAAAAUGAAGAUUCUGUCGUCUUUCUCCCAUAACUCCAUGGGGGCUGGGGCGACAGCCAAAUCAAGACUCCGCCUGUACAUCACCGUGGCCUCCGCAGCCUUUCAGCCAAUCAUUAUCUACUGGCUCACCUCGCAUCUGGUCAGGUGACCUGGUACAGGGUCUGACCCUGAGGGUCAUUAGUAUCGAACUAAAAAAAACAACAUGUUGAUGCUUUCUACAAACUUGGCUCUUGCGAGUGUCAUUUACCUACAUACCAGCUCAUCUGCCAGGGAAAGCGGGAUGAUGGAUAUCGAGCUGUAUCUUGUGUUCAGCUUGUGGGUUAAAGCUUAAAAUGAACAUUUUAGUUUUUACUUCUGUAGGUGAGACUUUUGUAUGCAAGACAUCACUUGCAUACAAAAACAGUGUUUUUACAGACAGUCAUUUUUGGCCACCUUAUUUAUAAAGAAAGAAGGGCUUUGUGUUCAUGAAAUUUGAAUUUAUGGUUAUGAAUAAACCUUUGUCACACUCCA